GUCAAUUCGUGCUGCUUCUGAACAAUGUCUAUUGAACGUAAAAAUCGUUCACAAGCACUAUCAUGGCUCUCCUUCUAGCGUCCUCCAUAAAGUCAAGGGCAGACUACCAAAAGAAUUGGACGUUCUCCUACUUUCAGAUUUGAUUUUUUCUAUUUCAGGUUCUCUAGACGGUCAGACCGUCCCUGCUGAUGCAAUCGCGCACUCUGCCUUGAUGCGCUACCUCCGCAAUGAUCUCAAUGAAAACGCACUCCAGCUUGGUUUAAACACCGUUUCUGAUGCAUACGUUGACAGCGACGACGGCCACGCUAAAAUCACUCUGACGCCAUCACGGUCCCUAUCCCAUACAUCCCGCCCACAUGCUAUUCUCGUGGCAGUGGAUCUGUGUUAUAUUUGGAAAACCGCAGGCGAUCGCGAAGACUCCACAGGCCUUCUCGGCGAUGCCAGCCCGUUCGCAGACAACUUGUACCUACCCUUUGAGCUCCUCCUCAAGCGCGUCACAGAGCAGCUUUUCAAUCAGCUUGUCGGACGCUAUCCUCUUAUCUUUGGGACGUGGUGCAGAAGACUCGACAUGGAGUCCGAGUACUUCCCUUCUGUUGCACAAUCCAUUCUCGAAAUCAUGCGGCGGUCCCCAAAUCCCCAUUUUGUAGCACGUUGUAAGCGACUAAUUAAGACUGCACGCGCUCGCCAUCACUCCGUGCUCCAGACCUCCGUGGCAGCCCUCUCCUUGUGUCUGCCCUCCCGCGACUCAGACGACUCGGAUGAUGGCGAGCAAAUCAAUGAUUCAAAACUCACACCAGAAGCCGUAUUGUGUGAGUCCUUGGAGCAGAUAUUUAGAGCGGGGGUCCCUCAGACCCGCUUCAAGAGCCAGGUCAUCGCCGCACGCUCUACUCUAUUGACUUCCUCAGCUGGGGAUGUCGAUCAACUAAUUGACGAUGACGCCAUUUUCAACAAUGCGGAAAUAGAUUUCCCUCUAGCUUGGCCCAAUCUCCCUGACAUUCACAUGGAUAACUCCGUUUCGGUUAUUGAUAUGGAGCAGACCGUGCCGAGCGACACGGAUGAUCUUUUAGAGGACUGGCCUGAAGAAGCAUUACCCUGGUCCACGUUUUCUGGUGCAUGGACUACGCAUUCGGACGAAUCUCUUAUCGAUGGCCUAGGCUCGUCAUCUCGAACACGUAGCGCUACACCCCCUUUGGCACGGUCCUAUCUGACUGAAAAUGAAGACGAUAGCUUCGUGUUGGAUCUAGAACCGGAUCACGAGCAAGAGGAUGCGAAGAUGGAAGAUGCCGAUUUCGAACGUGUUGUGUUUCAUCCACCCCUGUUAAGUCAUCCCGUAAAGUUUGGGCGCCAAAAACAACCUGGAGGUACAGAGGAAUUUGACUUGCUUGUUGAUGAAGAAUGGAGCUGCGAGGACGAGUUAUUAUUUGAUUUGGCCGACGUAUUCGAUGACUCGGGUGGUCUUGGUGUUGACGGCGAGACUGGACCUAUUGCUGUCUCACAAGUUCCGGACGGGGGCCCUGAUCAAGACAUCUUCUUACAGGUGAAGAGCAAUACCGCGGAUCAAGAAUACGGUUUUGACACACACAUGGAAGGUCAGGUGGUCCAGGGUAGCGCAUAUGACUGUUUUACGGAUGUCUGGGAUCUAUAACGUGUUCUGCAACAAAGUCUGACUUGGG